UGGCUCCGCCCUUUCCGGCACUAGCUCCUCCCCCUCUGGUGGCCGGUGAGGUAUGUGUAGAUCACAAUAAAAAAUAGAGAGAGAAGUAUCUCCGAGGUUUUGGAGAGACUCUUCGGCCAAGCAUAACAUUGCACAAAAGGUUAUGAAUUUGGAUCCAGCAUUUUAAUGAGAUGGCUAUUUGAACCAUGUAAAAUGAAUUGGGUGCAGUUCACUUUUCAGUGGACGCAAGGGGUCCAAGUCUACGCCCCUGAAAUCACUACCUCAGUUGCUGUCUUCAAAAUUGGGUGUAGAGGCUGACAUACAUUUGCACACCUACUUGUAGGUUUUGAUACAAGGGAGAAGAGGAGGAAUGUGGGGAAAUUUGAACUACUGCUGCUGUCUGUGCUUCACCCCUUCGAAGGACUAAAAGAGAGAUUGGGUUGGGACCAGGCACUGGAUGAUCAUAGCUAAACAAUGUCUGGACUACGUGGAGCUGUCCAUGCAAAAUGGAUAAUAGGGAAAGUAAUUGGAACUAAGAUGCAUAAAACUGCCAAAGUGAGAGUGACAAGGCUUGUGCUGGAUCCUUAUUUACUAAAGUUCUUUAACAAGCGAAAAACUUAUUUUGCUCAUGAUCCAUUGCAGCAAUGUGCCGUCGGAGACAUUGUUCUUCUAAAAGCUUUGCCUGAGCGGAGGACCAAAAAUGUGAAACAUGAACUGGCUGAGAUUGUUUUCAAGGUUGGAAAUGUCAUAGACCCAGUGACUGGAAAGGCCUGUGCAGGAACCAGGUUCCUGGAAAGUCUAACAGACUCAGAAAGUCUAACUGAAGCAGACACCACCUAUCUAAGUGAAAAGCUCCAAGAGCUAAAAGUUUCCUCAACAGAGUAAUAAAGAGUGGGAAGAGGCCAGUAAACAGAGGGCUCUUUACAUGAGGGAUUGGUUGUGCCCAUUGUCUUAGGAUGUAAAAUCUUUCUAUUGUUAGUAACAAUAAAUAAUAAACUGAAUUACUUCCAACACCAAAAUGACAGAGAGAUUUUAAAAUUGGGGAAUUUAUCAAUUAGAAAUAAUGUGGAAAAAACUUAAAUCACAGUUAAGCUGUGUUCUUAAUGUUUUAUUUUCUUAACACCCAGUUUUGCCCCAUCUUUAGCAAGAAUGUCAAAAUUACCACCUCAGUCACAAAAUUAAGAAUGGUUCUUCUUUAUUAAGAUGUUUUAAGAGCAUAAAUCUAUAUAUAGUUUAAUAUUCAUGGGAGGAUGUUUUUCCCAUGUUUGACUGUCUGAACCCUGGAACUGAAUCUGUUGUGGUUUGUAGCCUAAUAUUUAAAGUAACACAAUUAAAACUUUUUAAAAAUA